GACAGGGUUUCUCUGUGUAGUUUUUGGUGCCUGUCUUGGAUUUCGCUUUGUAGACCAGACUGGCCUCGAACUCACAGAGAUCUUCUUGCCUCUGUCUCCCGAGUGCUAGGAUUAAAGGUAUGCGCCACCGCCCGGUGACCUGUCCUUUCUUGACUCUGUCCCAGGGUGAUGGUGGCAGAUGAUGCUCUUUGCAUGAGCCUGAGAAGCAGAAAAUGGGGACAGUUUUUGUUGUUUCAUUCAUAGUGUCUCAUGUUGCUCAGGGUGACUUCAAACUCAUGAUCCUCCUACCUCAGCCUCCUGAGUGCUAGGAUUACCACCAGCAAGUGUCACUUUUAUCAGAGGAAAAAUUGUUCCAAGAAAACUGAAUCAGGUUAUAAAUCAGAAGCCAGAUGCAGCAGGUUGGUUAGUUUGGGAAAAGAUCAAACUUUGAAAUUACCUCUCAGAGCUGGGCAGUGGUGGUACAUGCCUUUAAUCCUAGCACUUGGGAGGCAGAGGCAGGUGGAUCUCUGUGAGUUCGAGCUCUGGUCUACAGAGUGAGAGCCAGGACAGGCACCAAAACUACACAGAGAAACCCUGUCUCAAACAAACAAACAAAACAAAAAUAUCCUAGAGAGGUACUUCAUUAGGAGAGAGAGUCUCAGCAUAAUAGGGGUCUUGAAGAAAAGCCAUCUGAUCCCAGAGGAUUUUUCUGACUUGUAUAGGUUUCUAUGAAGUAGCAGGAAGUUUCAUACCAUGUGAUUUAGUCUAGCGAGAUCUACAUGGAGCCAGGUACUAGAUAACCUUGUAUUGUAAUGGCGAGAGGGGGAGUCUGCAAGGCCACAGAACAGCACCGCUUCUCAACUGUAUCCUAGAGAGCUGGAGAGUAGCCGGGGAGGUAGCUAACUGUCUGGGACAGCGAGAAAGGCACCUAGUGGGCCUGGGAUCUAACAGCAGUGUCCCUGCUCUUGCAAGUCCAAGUGCUCGCUGCAGGGUUUCUGUUGUCAUUGCUUAAUGCCCAACGUCUUGGAUUGCCCUUCCAUGGCUGUAGGAAGAAGCUAGGGAGGGCCUCAAGUGUCACCAGCAUAAGGGCUCAGGUUCAAGGACCCUGUCAAUACCUCUAAGGGGGAUAGCCUUACCAUGGGUGACACCAAGUGGGAGGCAAGAUGGGGUUUCCUAUGCUUAGGGGGCUUUUGUUUACUCAGCGGGAGUCCCCUUGCUCAUUUCUCCCUUUGAGUACCCCGAAAGCUCACUGUCACCCCCAUCAACUAUCUUUGCUUACAGAGAUACUUUGAGCAGCCCCCACUUCUUGGUCAUCAGUGGGUAAAGCACACCAGUGGGGCAGCUGAGUCACUGGCAGGGGAGGGGAGGGGAGGGGCUGCCUCCUCUGGGUGACGAGGCUGUUGCCAGACCCCAGCACCUUGCCCUCUACAGCUGUGGCUUUGCCUCACUUCUUAGAGACCAUGUGUUUUUGUGUUGGACAAAGGUUUGUGCUUGCACACCUAUCAGGAGUGGCACUUUGUGUCUUUCACAUAGGAGUAUCUAGUGUGUUCCCAAGUGUGUGAUGUUAGGAAUUAGAAAGCUCAGAAAUGGAAAAUAUUUAACAUUCAGAGGAACAGAUGAACAAAGUUGUCAUUUGCAUUUUCCUUUUCGCUCUGACUCAUCUUCCCCUAUCUCCACCCUGCUGCCCCUUCACCAGCCUCACCCACCGACACACCCUGUCUGAUCUAGGAAGGGUUGACACCUGCCUGCAUCCAAGCUGGAACGGAGGGAAGGCAUCCUGGGUCUGGAGGGAGAGAGUAGCAGAAGGCAGGUCUGAAUACCUCGGAAUCCUGGAGCCAAAGGGAGAAAAGCUAAUCUUACCUUAUUGGGUCUAGGAGGGGGCUGGAAUCUAGGGAGAAACCUAUGGGGACUCAGACUGAUUCUUGUCACACAGCAGUCUAUCAGCAUCUGGCUAGUUUCUCUCCUAGUUAUUUAUUGCACCUAUAUGACACACCAGACAUAAUCCAUGAAUGUCCCAAAGUGUCUGUUAAGUGAAUGAAAUGAUCUGCAAAGGAUCAGAUUGACAGAAUGGAAAAAACAACAGAAAAAGAAACUUGAGUCUCGAAGGCUUUAUCCCUUCCUCAAAUGAAAGAGUACCAGGGCUGGGUAUGGUGGCACUGGCUGAGGCAGGACAGAGAUUUUAAGGACACCUUGAGCUACACAGGAAGAGGAGGAGAGAGAGAGAGAGACAGAGAGAGAGAGUCUAAAAGUGUGAAAAGAGACGGAAAUCUCCAAGGGACCUUGACCCCUUGAGCAGAAAGUGAAAGAAGCCCCCUGGUUUUGAUUUCAGAGAAAUGUCAUUUGUCAUCAGCCCAGGAAAAGGAGAUUUUUCUCUUCGAAGACCACCACAGGCUUCCUGGGGUUGCCCCCCCUCAGAGUCUGCUGGGAGGAUCUGAGUCACACACACCCAGUCCUUGCUGUGGUCCAGGGAACAAGGGUCAGCCUCACAGAGUAAGAGGGGCUAAAUGUACUAAGCCAGGGAGGGAGGGACGAGGUUCCGCCUUUGGUUCCCCUGUGCUUCAAAUUCUGUUUCUGUCCUUAUACUAUGAGGUAUCAGAAACGGUCCCCAGCUCCUCCAUGCGACUAUCGCCUCUGAGACAGACCUAAUAGCAGCUGAGUGUUGUGCUGAACUCACAGACCACUUCCUCAUGCAUGCCACUUCAUCUCCCCCUGCGCACACACCUCGAAAGAGCACUGAUAUUUGAUGCAUGAGGUGACUGAGGCUCAGAGAGAUGACUUGCCCAAGGUGAUUCAACUAGUAAAUGGCAGAGAUGAGGCUCAGACUCUGACUAUUCCAAAGUUCCUGGCCCCACAGAUUCACGUCUAAUAAGGUAGAGUUAGAGUGAGGAACUGUCCGGGUUGUCAAAAGUAGAUGAUAGUCUCUUGUAGGUCUCAGGCAGAGACAGAAGGUAUAAAGCCACACCCCUUUGGGGGACUGUGGCAGAUUGAUACUUGGGAUGACUGAGGACAGGGGUGGAGCUAGCUGGAGGGGAGCCCCAAGAGCAGCAGAGAGCAUGCGGUGCUAGGAGGCAGCUACAGAGGUGAGUGACUGUCUCCCCGCAGCCAAGCCUUUCCUCCAUUCCAACCUUCUGUUCCGCCCCUGCCACCUUGCACCACUCACCCCACGGUGUCCAAGUAGUAACCCUCCCUCCUACGAGGCCCCCCCCCCUCAUGGAGGGUCUGCAGGCGCGGGAGGGCUAGGCCUGCUAGGUGCUACGGCACUUGGGCUCUUUCUCCAUCUCCGUCUCCAGUAUUCUGGGAGGCCCGUGUGAUGGCUUUGUGGGUGAUUAAACUCUUGACUUGUUGGGCACUUUCUGGGCUUCAUUUUUGGCUUAUAAAAACAGAAAUCAAACCAUGCUUUAGGCUCAUUCUGAGAGGAGAUAGCUUCCCCUUCUCAAGGUUCCCUUUCCUUUCAGUUCCACAGGCAUCACAGCCUCCUCUAAACCUCUGCUGUAGCUCUCAAUCACUGGACAGGAAUCUGGUCUUCCUAAUUCCUUCCCUGAGAUGUCUUCUAGACAUGUCAGCCUCGGAGAGUGACGCCCUAGAGCCUGCUCUCCUGCGGUGUAGCUUGUCUUGCUGCCUUCUCUGGCUUUCUGAGCUCACAGUGGGGUGGGGGUGGGGGGACCCACAAGCUUUAUGAGCUCUUUCAUCUUACUCCAUUAAUGCCAGGUUUUGUGCGAAGUGAGGGAAAGCCCAGGCUGCUCAGAGGGUUUUCCCUGCAGAAGAGCCUGGGGAAGCAAAAAUCUUGAAGCCUGAGUUGGCUAACUAUACCAGUCCUAAACCCACUACUUGAUACCUCUGCUAACUGCCUGGCUCUUGCUCCUUAGGCCCCAAACCUGACCCAGUGUGGAUUCUUCUACUGCCAUAUCCCCACACCUUGCCUUUGACUUAGUUUGACUCAUUCAGGACACACAGCUCCAAUCUGAAACCAGAGACUCACUCUUUCUCCCUUCCCCUCCACAGGCCUGAGAAUUUGCGGUAUCUCCCUCCCCUUUCUGCCAUGGACCCCCCAUUGUGACUUUUCUUUCGGAGCUUCUGAACCGGGUAGAUUAGCCAGGAGCCAUGCCCCAGACCCCCACAAGACUGAUCAGCCCCUAUGGCUCUGAUAGGUUGGUGCAGUUAGCUGCUCGGCUUCGGCCAGCACUCUGUGAUACCUUGAUCACUGUAGGGGGCCUGGAGUUCCCUGCUCACAGCUUGGUGCUAGCAGGGGCAAGUCCAAGGCUGGGUUGCAGGGGCCGGUGGGCUCUGGUUGAAGGCAUCAGCCCUUCUACCUUUGCUCAGCUUCUAACCUUUGUGUAUGGAGAGAGUGUAGAGCUACAGCCUGAGGAGCUGGGGAACCUUGAAGAGGCAGCCAGAGCCUUGGGGGUGCAGGCCCUGGAAGAGGCAUGCAAGAGAGCUCAAAAGGACAAGAAUGAAGAUGAGCUGGAUCCAGGACUGAAGAGGCACCAGGAGGCAGAGGAACUCAUGAGGAAUUCUGAGAGAGGACUUGGGGGUCCUGGAGAGAAACAGAAACCAGAGAAGGAUUUUAGAAGUAAUAGGAGAGAACAGGAGAUGCUAAAUAAGCGCAAAGCACCCGGAGAGAGCCCUGAGAGGGCAGAGAUAACUAGGAAGAUGAGAUCAGAGGAGGCCCUCAGCCCAGCCCCCGUGGGCCACGGGGGAGCAGAAAGGAAGCAAGGAGAGGCCAUAGGAGGUAUAGAGAGCCCCAAGGGCUCUGAGGAGUGUCUCCGUGGGUGCCCUGGUCCCCUUUCCCCACCAGGUUCCCUCCUAACCAGCCUCAUUCCCAGGCCCUGGUGGGCUGAGGCCCCUUGGUGUAGAGAGGGCCAACCUACCCUGUGGAGCAUUUUCCUGUGGCCGCCCAGAUAUGGCACUCCCUUCUCCCUUAGCACCCCCAUCACUGCAGCCUGGCAGGUCUGGCCUCAAGACCAGAGGAUCCCACUGACCUUGUGCCACUCCAAAGGUCUCUGGAGUCAGAAUCAGCUGGCCUCCUCCAGCCCCGCUCCAGGAUCCUUUCCCCAGGGCCCUGAACAACUCAGCCCUUGGGAGAUAGAAGAGUCUGGGCAAGGGCACACAGGCACACUGGCAACCUGUGUGGGUCAAGAUCACACAUUGAGCUGCCCAUCUCACCAACACCCACCUUUACCCCCUCCUGCUCGCUCUCGGCCCUAUUCUUGCUCUGUCUGUGGAAAGAGGUUUUCACUCAAGCAUCAGAUGGAGACGCAUUACCGAGUCCACACAGGAGAGAAGCCCUUCUCCUGUAGCCUCUGUCCUCAGCGCUCCCGGGAUUUCUCUGCCAUGACCAAGCACCUGAGGACACAUGGGGCUGCUCCCUAUCGCUGCCCUCUGUGCAGGGCUGGCUGCCCCAGCCUGGCUUCCAUGCAGGCGCACAUGCGAGGUCACUCGCCCAGCCAGCUGCCGCCUGGAUGGACCAUACGCUCCACCUUCCUCUACUCUUCCUCGAGACCGACUCGAGCCUCGAUCUCUCCCGGGAAUCCUACCUCCUCCUCUGCCACCUGACCG